CGCCGGAUAGGACACGUGACCCGGCCGCGUCCAGAACUACAUCCCCCGUGAUGCUUUGGGCGCGGAGGGGCCCGUUGCCAUGGCGCCUUAGCAGUCUCCUUUCUUCAACUCCCUCGGCGCGGCGGGAGAGAUGCCGCUACCGCCGCUUUCUCCAGCCCGGGUGUUUGCCGAGCUGGUCCCUCCGCCCGCCGGGGGGGACAACAGCCGGGAGAAUGAAGUCCCGAAGCCGCCGGGGAGGGAAGUUCACGUCAGCGGCACCUCGGAGCUCAGCGCCAGCCCGGACCGGGCGAAAGUCACCGUUUACCUGAAGAGCAAGAAAGGGGAGGCCGGAGCGGCAAGGAGCAGCGUCACUCGGAGGCUGGAUUAUGUCGCUCAGAGCGCCCGGCAGCGCGGAGGAAUCUCGGAAAACGACAUGACUGUGUCAAAGAACUUUAGUAGAAUAGACAACGUGUAUAAGAUGGAAGCAGAGGUCUGCAUUACAUUCAGUGAUUUCAGCAAAAUGCAAGAAGUCUGUAACUUCCUUGUUGAGAAGCUAGGUAGCUCUGUUAUCAUCAGCCCACCUCACUUUUACCAUACAGUGGAGGCAGUAGAUGCCCUUCGACGUCAGGUUUGUCUUGCUGCUGUUGGGAGUGCCCGGCAAAAAGCUCAAGAAGUUUGCCAGUUGCUUGGCCAGCCCCUUGGGAAGCCUUUGCUAAUAAGGGAAGAGGAAGUGAAAGAGUGGGAGGGCCACCUUGAAAAUCACUUGGCCAACGCCCCAGACUCACUGGGUUUGCAGCAGAGACUCCAAAGUGCCACCAUCUAUGUUUCCUCAAGGGUAUAUGCUGUUUUUGAAAUAAAGGGGGAAAGGAAGAGAAAACAAGCAGCUCACAUAAAUGUAAACUGAUUUAUUACUGAA